CUCGCAGGAAGCUGUAGGGGAUGGCCUCCGGGUUACGGACGGCUUCGUAUUGGGGAUUGUUGUCAUUCAAGGAUAUGUCUAUGGAGUUUACCUGGGAAGAAUGGCAGCUACUGGGUUCUACACAGAAGUACCUGUACAGGGAUGUGAUCCUGGAAAACUAUAGCAACCUGGUGUCAGCGGGGUACCAUGGUACCAAGCCUGAUUUAGUUUUCAAGUUGGAGCAAGGAGAAGAGCCAUGGAUAAUUGCCAAAAUUGCCAGUCAGAGCUGUCCAGAAGGCUGGGAAGAAUGGUACCAGAAAAAUCAAGAUGAGCUUGAAAGUGUUGAGAGAAGCUUUGCUUGUAAUGUGUUUGGAAAACUUCAUCUUAGCAAAACCUGCGUCUUUUCAAAACAAAGGCUCCAUAAGUAUAACACACAUGGGAAAAACUUGACACAAAACUCAGACUCAAGCAUAAGUUAUGUAAGAAAGAAUCUUGAUAAGUGUCAUGGCUAUGAGGAAUCAUAUUUCCUAAGGCAUAAAAGAGGUCAUGGCAUAGAAAAAAACUGUGUGUGUAGUGAAUGUGGGAGAGCUUUCCGUGGCAAAUCACAGCUCAUUGUACAUCUCAGAAUCCACACAGGAGAGAGACCUUACGAAUGCACUGAAUGUGAAAGGGCCUUCAGUGCCAAGUCAAACCUUAAUGCUCAUCAGCGAGUUCACACAGGAGAAAAGCCCUAUUCAUGCGGUGAAUGUGGGAAAGUCUUCUCUUUCAGGUCACAGCUCAUUGUGCACCAGGAAGUUCACAGAGGAGGGAAACCUUUUGGUUGCAGUGAAUGCGGGAAAGCAUACAGUUGGAAGUCCCAGCUCAUCUUACACCAGAGAAGUCACACAGGAAUAAAACCCUAUGAAUGCGGGGAGUGUGGGAAAGCCUUCAGUUUGAAAUCACCCUUCGUUGUACACCAGAGGACUCACACAGGAGUGAAACCCCAUAAGUGCGAUGAAUGUGGGAAAGCCUUUAGGAGUAAGUCGUACCUCCUUGUGCACAUCAGAAUGCACACAGGAGAGAAACCUUAUCAAUGCAGUGAUUGUGGAAAAGCCUUCAACAUGAAGACGCAGCUCACUGUACAUCAGGGCAUUCACACAGGAAAUAAUCCACAUCAAUGCACUGAAUGUGGGAAAGCCUUCGGGAGGAAGGAACAGCUCAGCGCACAUCUGAGAGCCCAUGCAGGAGAGAAGCCCUAUGGCUGUGGCGAGUGUGGGAAGGCCUUCAGUAGCAAGUCGUAUCUUGUUAUACACAGACGGACACACACGGGAGAGAGGCCCUCUGAGUGUGCUUUGUGUGAGAGAGCCUUCUGUGGGAAGUCACAGCUGAUUAUCCAUCAGCGCACUCAUUCAACAGAGAAGCCUUAUGAAUACAGCGAAUGUGAAAAAGCCUACCCUCGGAAGGCAUCACUUCAGAUCCACCAGAAAACACAUUCCGGAGAGAAACCUUUUAAGUGCACUGAAUGUGGGAAAGCGGUUACUCAGAAGUCGUCUCUGAGUGAACACCAGAGGGUUCCUACGGGAGAGAAGCCGUGGAAGUGCUCUGAGUGUGGGAAAUCCUUUUGUUGGAAUUCAGGGCUUCGCAUACAUCGGAAAACUCACACGUGA